UCACACCACUGGAAGAUCCGUGGAGUUCGUCUUCAUUUCUCGGUGCGACAACGACCGCUGCGGUUGCCCUGGGCUGUUCACGUCUUUCGGUGUUUCUUCCUCUGCGUGUGGUACAUACACUUUUGCCAGCAUAGUCGAGUUAUGCUGCUGGUGCCGUUAUGGUCAAGUCGGUGGAAAAUGUCGCGCGAGUGAUUGUUUUUCCACGAGUGAUGUAAUUGGCUCUGCUAAUUAAUAGAAAGUUUGGAAAAUAGCUUGAUAAAAGCUACACAGAAACGUGACAGUGAAAAAGAACUAGUGAUUAAGCUACAGUGGUGUUGAAAUCCAGUUUUACCCACUUUCUCAAAGCAUUGAAUAUUUCAAUCCAAGACCAAAAUGACUGGCGAACAAAAAGGAACCGUACUAGUGACCGGUGGAGCAGGCUACAUCGGUUCACACACGGUCGUGUCCCUCCUCGAAGCCGGUUACAGUGUUGUCGCCCUCGACAACUUCACAAACUCGGUCAACUCGGCUAAAAACGAGUCUAUUGCAUUGAAGCGUGUAGAGGAUAUCGCCGGUAAGAAAAUCACCUUCUACCGAUGCGACCUGUUGAACAAGGAUGCAGUGGAGGCAAUUUUCAAGCAGCAUAAGAUCGAUUCGGUGAUACAUUUUGCCGCACUUAAAGCCGUUGGAGAAUCGAUGUCCAAUCCGCUGCUGUACUACAAGAACAACAUGAUCGGUAUGAUCAAUUUGUUGGAAGCGAUGGAUAGUCAUGGUGUGUACAAGAUGGUCUUUUCAAGCUCAUGUACGGUCUACGGAGAACCGGAUACACUUCCAAUCACUGAAGAAAAUCCCACGGGAAACGUAACCAACGUUUACGGCCGUACCAAGUACUUCAUCGAGGAAAUGCUAAAGGAUGCAGUACACGCUGAUCCCAAGUGGAAUAUCAUUGCACUACGAUACUUCAAUCCCGUGGGAGCGCAUAAAUCCGGUAAAAUCGGAGAAGAUCCGACCAAGCAAUUCACGAACCUCAUGCCCUACAUUAGCCAGGUUGCAAUCGGAAAGAAGGAUGUGCUGACAAUUUUUGGGAACGAUUAUAACACACCCGAUGGAACGGGCGUAAGAGACUACGUUCACGUUAUGGAUCUUGCCACUGGACAUGUAGCAGCGCUGCACAAACUCGAUCAGGAGCAUUUAGGAUUGAAGAUGUACAACUUGGGUACGGGAAAAGGAAUUUCCGUGAUGGAGUUGAUCAAUACAUUUGAGCGAGUUAACAAGGUCAAAAUUCCGUACGUUGUUCAGGAGCGACGUGCCGGUGAUAUAUCUGCGAUGUACGCCAAUGCUAAAUUAGCGGAAACUGAGCUCGGUUGGAAGGCCGUCCACACCGUGGAUGAAAUGUGUGAGGACUUCUGGCGAUGGCAACAAAUGAAUCCGAAUGGUUACAAAACUGAUCAAGUAAACGGACAUCAUUGACGAUGGACAAGAGAAGGGAGUAUCGAACAUAGAUUUAAGUACCAUUUUGGACAGUAUUUUUAUAUUUAUUUUACCUCGUGUUUCGAUCGAUGAAAUAAUCUAGCAUUUUGCAGUUUUAAAACUUCCGUUCCAAUCGAGGUAAAGUUCGGAUAAACAUUUCUAGCGAAGAGUUCAAGGCACUUUGGACGCUCAGGAAGUAAAUCAGAGAACAAUUCUGAAAUAAAACAAAAUAAAA